GUGUGUUUCCACUGCAGAGAACCUGGACAUGGUGUAGCUGAUUGUCCCACAGUCCUGGAGAGCCAUGACAUGGGAACAGGGAUCUGCUACCGCUGUGGAUCCACAGAGCAUGACAUCAGCAAGUGCAGAGCCAAGGUGGAUCCAUCUGCUGGGCCAUUUCCAUAUGCAAAGUGUUUCAUCUGUGGCGAGAUGGGACAUCUGUCAAGGUCCUGUCCUGAUAAUCCGAAGGGAUUAUAUGCUGAAGGUGGUGGCUGCAGGCUCUGUGGCUCUGUGGAGCAUUUCAGGAAGGACUGCUCAGAGAAACAGAACACAGGUGAGCUGCAGGUGGUGGAAGUUGAGUUCAGCAAUGCUCAUUUGCUGCUUUGCAUGACUUCAGGCAGGAAAAAG